GACCAUGCCCCGCAAAGUCUCCUGAGCGCGGCCCUCGGGCCUCCCCGCCCCCAGCGGCUGCCCUCGGCGCGGCCCUCCCUCCCCAUGUGCAGCCGGCCGGCCGCGCUCCCCUCGCGGCGGAGGGCGACCUCUUCCUGGCCCGGGCCGGCUGUGCGAGGCGGCGGAGCAGGCGAUGAAGAAGAAGCAGCAGCAGCAUCCCGGCGGCGGCGGCGGCGGCGGUGGCGGCGCGGAUUCCUGGCCCCAUGCGGCCCCGGCUGGGGGCGCCCCGGCGGGCCUGGGCGGCUGGAAGCGCCGGGUCUCGCUGCUGCCUCUCCUGCGCUUCUCCCUCCGGGACUACGGUUUCUGCAUGGCAACCUUGCUGGUCUUCUGCUUGGGCUCCCUCUUCUACCAGCUCAGCGGGGGACCCCCUCGCUUCCUGCUCGACCUGCGACAGUAUUUGGGCAAUUCCACUUACUUGGAUGACCACGGACCCCCUCCCAGGAAGGUCCUCCCUUUCCCCAGCCAGGUGGUGUACAACAGGGUCGGCAAGUGUGGGAGCCGCACUGUGGUCUUGCUUCUGAGGAUCCUGUCAGAGAAGCAUGGAUUCAAUCUGGUCACGUCAGACAUUCACAACAAAACCAGGCUUACUAAAAAUGAACAAAUGGAACUGAUAAAAAAUAUAAGUACUGCUGAGCAGCCCUAUUUAUUCACUCGACAUGUUCAUUUCCUCAACUUCUCAAGGUUUGGAGGAGACCAGCCCGUCUACAUCAACAUCAUCAGAGAUCCCGUCAGCAGGUUCUUAUCUAACUACUUUUUCCGUCGCUUUGGAGACUGGAGAGGAGAACAGAACCACAUGAUCCGGACCCCUAGCAUGAGGCAAGAGGAGCGCUACCUGGAUAUCAAUGAGUGCAUUCUUGAAAACUACCCUGAGUGUUCCAACCCCAGAUUAUUUUACAUCAUCCCGUAUUUUUGUGGACAGCAUCCCAGAUGCAGGGAGCCUGGCGAGUGGGCCCUCGAACGCGCCAAGCUGAACGUGAACGAAAACUUCCUGCUUGUGGGGAUUCUCGAGGAGUUGGAAGAUGUGCUGCUUUUACUGGAAAGAUUUUUACCUCAUUACUUCAAGGGUGUGCUCAGCAUCUACAAGGACCCAGAGCAUAGGAAACUUGGAAACAUGACUGUGACGGUGAAGAAGACCGUGCCCUCCCCGGAGGCCGUGCAGACCCUCUACCAGCGAAUGAGGUACGAGUACGAGUUCUACCACUACGUGAAGGAGCAGUUCCACCUGCUGAAGCGCAAGUUCGGCCUGAAGUCCCACGCGAGCAGGCCGCCCCUGAGGCCGCAGUUCUUCAUCCCCACCCCUCUGGAAACUGAGGAGCCCAUCGACGACGAGGAGCAAGACGAUGAGAAGUGGCUGGAAGAUAUUUAUAAGAGGUGAUGAUGCCAACGCCGGUUGCCUCCAUGGCUUUAGCUCCCUUUCCAGAAAGAUUUUUGUUGGAGGGAAGAAAAACCCUGAAGGGACUUUAAAUUAAUGCCCGGGUGCAUUAAAAAGAACAAAACAUUCCCACAUGUUGGGGUCAUUGGGAGAUGCCCGGUUUUGCGGGUAUUGUUUAAUUUUAUUCUGUGUUUUCUCUUGGCUCGUUGGGGCUUUCCCAGGUACACACAUGGCUCCACAAGACAUCAUGUCAUAGAAUAAUCUUUCCUCUCUCCUUCCCCAUAUGAUGGAAGAAAAAGGAGAAAUGUAUUCCACAGACCAAUAAUUUAUCAUUUGUAAAAUGACUUGUAAAAAUAUUACCUCAGUGGUAGAAGAUAUUCAGACUUGUAUAUGUCAAUAGAAAUAUAAAACCACUUCAUAGGCCAGAGAGUCUGCUCUAGAAGCAUCUAAGAGGAGGAGGUAAGAUAAGGACAGCAAGGAAUUGAUGUCCCUGGUUAAAUGCUCUCUGCCCGCGUGGGUAGAAUUCUGCCUCCGGUCCAUCUCGGGGACACUGUCACCAAGAGCAGUGUGCUUAUCUGUGAAAGAGCAAGUCACCUUGUGCUCCACUGAGACAUUCCAGUGCCGGGCACCACCCUGACCGUCUCCAAGGCAGCUUAGCAAGGAGAAGGAUUUGUUUGCUGUGUCAGGAAGAGUAUGGGCAGCCCAGAGCCGCCCUGGGGGACAUGUGGCAGCAGCAAAAGAACAUACUUGUGUGCUUUGUACCCAAUCUGAGACAUCUGUGUCCCUGGCACUGGUUUAAGUGGAAGUCCCAGGAACCAAUUUAGCUCUGGCAUGCGUUAUUCUGACAGAACCUCUCAACCUGAUCACGGACAGUGCCUAAUCUCUGACGGCUACCCCUGCCCAACUAGGGUGUCACUUGGUAUCUGAUACCCACCUGUUUUGGUGACAAGGGGUCCUGAGUUCUGUGCAGGCAGCAAGAGAGCAGUAUUCCAUUUCUUAUGAAAUCUGCUUGCUCUUAGGAACCCUUACCAGGGACAUCAAAAACAGAAAAGUAAGGGGUCUAGAUAGGAAGUCUCCAGACUUUACAAGCUCUGACCAGCUUUACAAGUGGUGAUCUGAGUCGAUGCUGGGCAGUUCCAUGAUCCUCAAUAUCCCACCUGCCCCCUUUCACCUCAUCACCUACCCCUACACAUUGAUCCAGUUAUUAGAAACCUUUUCCCUUAAAUUCUGAAGUGUUUUUCACCUUUUUAAAAAAUCCUGAAGUUCAUGUUCUUCUGGGUGGCUAACACUAGGACCAGGAUGCAGAAGUGGCAGAGGGAAGCAUGCUUCUGAGAAAUGUUGUCUGCUCCGUUUGUCCCUGGAGCCAGCCCAUCGAGAGUCAUUUUUGCAAAGUGAGUCAGAAGACUUCAGACGCUGACUUCAGGCAAUCUACACAUUUUUCUGCUUUCCAGAAAACAACCAGUCUCUCUAGAAUUUUUUUUUCUUUUUUUCACUAAAACUAAACAGUGGCCAAGAUACAGAGCAAGUCACCUGGGACCCGCCGAGUGUGUGGUGAAGCCACUCUAUCUUGAGCUGUAUUGGGAAGGCUCCAGCCCAGAAGCACCCAGGCAAGGCAGGGGCCACGGAGACACAAAGUCUCUGACAGACUUAUGGGGUUUUCUCUGCUUCAAGGGACUGGGGCAGCAAAGUGAAUAAGAGACACAUUCACAGUGUAAGAAAUAUCAUUUGUCCUGUGCAGAGAGACGUGGGCCUACUAUCAGACAUACUUUAAAAAGCUAUAAUAUUCAAAACUGUGUGAGAAGUGCUGCCUUACAUGUUGUGAGUCAUUUCUGUUAACCUACAUACACACCAGCCAGUGCCACAAUCUGAAACUAAAGUUCUGGUGGCUAAAUUUUCUCUGCUGUUAGAACACCAGAAUAAUUGUUCAUUCAACAAAUCCAUCUCCCCUGCAAGUUCACAUGGACACUUCUCCCUGGGUGUUCAAUAGUACUUUUUUUGGCAGUGAUCAAUAUAACUUCACAACAAAAGUUGCCCACUGAUUAUUUGUAGGGACUUAUUUUGCCCCAACAACAGCCUAUAGUCCCUAAAAGUCAAGGCACUUCAUUGAUUUAUUUGGUACACAUGACAACAUUUAUUUGGCCCUGGGCCCAAUAGAGUUUGUAGUUCAUGAAAUAUACUGUACACUUUACAUAGUUUAAUUUAAAAAAUACAUUUUAAGCUAGUUGAUCUUUGACUGCCUUAUUUAUUAUAACCUUUCAGCACAUUCCAAGGUUUUAGUUACUCAGGAAGGAGUUAAUUAAAAUGAUUUUAUUUUGGUCUGAUGGAUUUUUAAAAGGAAAAUUAUUAUUAUGAACUCUCAGCCUACUUUCCUUGAGUGCUGUAAAAGUGCUUGUAAAUCUUUUUUUUUCCUAAAGAAAAAAAAAUGAUGUUUGACAUUGUUGGAAAUUCAAAAAUAUAUAUGGAACAGAA